UGCCCACCAUGAAGGCAAUCCUCAGCACUUUGUCGACGAAGUCCGUUGUCCGGUCCCAGAUCACAAGAACGAAUCGCCUCAGACUAUUCUCCCAAUCGGCAACAGCAAGACAACACACCGUGCCAGAUCUGAAGGAUAAGAGCUUGCUGAAGUCUCAGAGCUACAUCAACGGACAAUGGGUCGGAGCAAAGUCAGGCAAGACCUUCGAGGUUCAUGAUCCUUCCACGGGCAAGGUGAUUGGAUCGAUGCCGGAGAUGAACAAGGAAGACACGGAGCAUGCGAUCAAGGCAGCUUCUACUGCGUUCCAGAGCUUCAAAAAGACGACAGGUCGUGAAAGAGCAAGACUGUUGCGGAAGUGGUACAAUCUGGUACAGGAGAACAGCGAGGAUAUCGCAAAGUUGAUCACUUGGGAGAAUGGAAAGCCAUGGGCUGAUGCCAAAGGUGAGGUAGCGUAUGCAGCCAGCUUUUUCGACUGGUUCAGCGAAGAGGCGCCUCGCGCAUAUGGAGAUACCAUUCCUUCGAGCGUGGCAGGGAACAGAGUCUACACUCUGAAGCAACCGGUCGGAGUCUGUGGUCUCAUCACUCCGUGGAACUUUCCUGCAGCCAUGAUCACACGUAAGAUUGGCCCAGCACUCGCUGCUGGCUGUACUGUAGUAGCGAAGUCGCCGGGCGAAACUCCAUUCACAGCUGCUGCCCUUGUGGAACUAGGACACCGUGCUGGCAUUCCUCCAGGUGUGGUGAACAUCGUGACCGCUUCGGAGAAUACUGUCGAGGUCGGCCAGGCAAUCACAUCUGCCUACGAUGUGAAGAAAGUCAGUUUCACCGGAUCUACUGGAGUCGGGAAAACUCUCAUGAAGCAAAGCGCGGACACCCUGAAGAAACUUUCGUUCGAGUUGGGCGGGAAUGCGCCGUUCAUCGUGUUUGAUGAUGCCGACCUUGACCUGGCAGUCGCCGGUGCGAUCGCUAGCAAAUUUCGCAGCAGUGGUCAGACAUGUGUCUGCGCAAACCGGAUCUACGUUCAGAAAGGCAUCUACGACAAGUUCGCUGAAGCAUUCACGAAAAAGGUCAAAGAAUUCAAGGUGGGCCACGGAUUCGACGAGGGUGUGACCCAUGGCCCAUUGAUUCACAGCCGCGCAGUCGGUAAGGUACAAGACCACGUUGACGAUGCUGUAUCACACGGAGGAAAGGUCUUGGCCGGAGGAGAGAAGAUUCCCGAGCUCGGUGAGAACUUCUUCGCUCCAACGGUGAUCAGAGACAUGACUAGCAAGAUGAAGAUCGCUUCAGAGGAGACCUUUGGACCGGUCGCAGCUCUGUUUCCCUUUGACACAGAAGCUGAGGUUGUCAAGCUCGCUAACGAAGCCGAAGUCGGUCUUGCCGGCUACUUCUUCUCCAAGGAUAUCCAGCGCUGCUAUCGCGUCGCUGAGGCUUUGGAGUUUGGCAUGGUGGGCAUCAAUACUGGGCUCAUCUCUGCGCCCGAGUCGCCAUUUGGCGGCGUGAAGCACUCUGGGUUUGGUCGAGAAGGGAGCAAGUACGGCAUCGACGAAUACACGGUGAUCAAGACGAUGACAUUGGGCGGCAUUGGAGAGCUACAAGGAUCAUGA